CUGAAAUCUAUGAACAGAUGGUAGAUCAGCUGGACAUCCAAGCUCACCAAAAUAAUGCAUUCAACUUGUUUAAAGCCCUACCCAGUCAGUGGAUGUCAGUGGACAACCCGCAGGUUCCGAGACGGAGACAGGGAAGACACCGGGGGCCCGGGACACCCCACUCUGACUCAUUCGUUCGGUUCACCAAACGAUGUGAACGCGUCAACGAUUGGAAGAGGUCAACGAAACGUCCAAUCUCUGGACUCCAAAGAAUUUCUGCGACUAACCCAUCCUCACCUCCCAAUUCGUCCAUUUCUUGGUCCUCCUUCGCCUCUUCUUCACUCCCUGAACACCGAAGACACAUGUCUUCAGCUCCCCUCCCUUCACUGAGCAUCACUCCAACCAUUUGGCUUCUGUGGCUUCUGUGGCUCGCCCGCUCGUGCUCGCCCGGUCGUGGCUCGUCCGAGAGAAAGACCCUGGACCGCCAUGGCGCGGCUGGAGCCGCAACGGGUCUCCAUGUUUUCGGUCAGUAGCUUCACAGACGUGGAGAGCGGUGUGGAAGUGCCACUGGAGCUUCACAGGCCGCCGAGUACCUCCUCGAUGGUCAGCACUCCCGCGGAGAGUCACGUGGCGAACGCGCGGCUGGCGGAUGAAUGCAUGGCCCACCUGGACUUGCUCUUUGAUCGAGCUCAGGAGGAGGCCACCUUCUCGCACUCUGCUCCGGUGGCUACUCUGUCCCGCGCGAGUCAAACGGAGGAAGCGCCGGCGGAGCCGGCGGAGCAGUGCACGGCUGCCACACAAACAGAGGUUCCCGGUCCUGAGCUCCAAGAGACCUUUGCGCAGACGGAGGAGAGUGCACUCCACGCGGAGGCGAAGCCGGCAGAGAAGACAGAUCCGCCACAAGAACUGCUGAGCGAGAAAGACCAGGAAGGUGCUUGGGUGACACGCGUGCGGCGGAUGAUGGACCAGGAGUCGCAGAUCUUCGGGCGCUCCAAGGCGAUGAGCCCGGCGGCCUUCGCCAAAGCCUUUGAGCACCUGCGCCCCAAGAGGCCGUCGUUGCCGCCCUUGGACUUCCGCAAGGUAAGUCAUGCUGACUCAGGAGGUUACGACUUCUCAGCGAGCCCCGCGCGCGCCAGCAGCGAGGGAUACCUGGGCACCACCGUGGCGGGGACCGUGGGUACCACCACGGUACCUGGUCGGGGGAGCGGACUGCCGCUGCAUUUGGACUCCCCAGAGGCGAAGUACCAAGCCUUUGUGCGCAAGAUCCGGGCAAAGCACCUGGAGCCACCAAAGGAGUCGCCAUACUUGAACCCCUUGGUGCUGGCGCCGUUGAAAGAUCACUUUGCAUUGAAAAAGAAGAAGACGCCGAGCCUAAGGAGUUCCAAGAGCGAGGCCAGCUGGGAAAUGCCCAUCAUGGAGCAGCUCCACUCGCAUUUUCACCAUCACUUUCACCUUCGCAACGACCACCCUGCCAUGUCCGAAGCACGCUGAGCACGCUGAAAGUUCGUGCCGAGCCGUCCGUCAGAAACAUCGGAGAUGUGGCGAAGGGUUUGAUCAAGUGUGGAGAUUGCGGAUUUGACUUGGGUCGGAUGAUGGAUGAUUACGUUGAA